AAAGGCAUGAUCCAGCUGUUCAGCAGGUGGGUCUGGCAUGGUAUAUCCAGCUGUCCAGCAAGUAGGUCUAGCAUGGCAUGAGCCAGCUGUCCAGCAGGUGGGUCUAGCAUGGUAUGAUCCAGCUGUCCAGCAGGUGGGUCUAGCAUGGUAUGAUCCAGCUGUCCAGCAGGUGGGUCUAGCAUGGUAUGAUCCAGCUGUCCAGCAGGUUGAGCUUCAUGUGCACUUUCAGCAGCGGAAGAUGCAGGAGUUCUGCAGAAACAACAACAUCGUCAUCACUGCCUACGGUCCACUAGGCUCCCCAGGUAGAAGCACAGCAGACACGGUACCACGGCUGCUGGAUGACCCGGUGGUGCGGCUGGUUGCUGAUAGACAUGGGGUAACCACCGCUCAGGUCCUCAUCCGCUUCCUCAUCCAGCAAGGCAUUAUCACCAUCCCCAAAUCUACCAACCCUCAGCGCAUCAAGACCAACGGAGAGGUGUGGAACUUCAGCCUGACGGAGGUGGAGAUGGAGGCCUUGAAGUCCAUAGACAAGGGGGAGGCUGGUCGCUCCUUUACCUUCGCUAGCUUCCCCGGAUUGGAUGAACAUCCUGAAUUUCCUCUUUAAAGUUCAGCUGCCUGCCACUACCUCCAUUAUUACUACCACCAUCACUCCUAUCAGCAUUAUCGCAGCUGCCACCACCACCAUCGACACACUACCACCAUCGGCGUAAAACCACUACCACAACAACCAUCAACUAACCACUAUCACAGUCUUAUGAACCGGUCCCAGGCCAACCUGAGCAAACUCUUCAAGUUAAGCACACUUAGGAUGGUCAGUGACUGGAUGUGAGACCUGGUUCUGGUUCACGACCGAAGAAAGAGUUUGAUCCGCAGGGAGGGUGGGCAGCGAGGGCAUGUUGCCGCUGCUCUCCUAUCACUAGGUUUACCAUAUUUCCUUUGACUCAAACAGGAACAUUUUUAAGAAUUUGAAAAAAAUAAAUCAUGUAUACGUGAACUAUAAAGUAGAUAUAUUUUCUUUAGGGCAAACAAAUGAGGGGUAAAAUGUACCAGUUUCUUAAUUAAUGACUACAAACUGAGAAAGAACAUAAUGACUACAAACUAAUUAAUGACUACAAACUGAGAAAGAACAUAAUGACUACAAACUAAUUAAUGACUACAAACUGAGAAAGAACAUAAUGACUACA